CGUGAACACCUCACCUUGUUUGUCUGGACUGGUCCAUCUCUGCAUUUUGCAUUAAUCCACAGCCCGCCCCUUCCUUCUGCGCCCAGUCUGUAGCCUGCCAGUCUCCCAGUGUCCCGGUGUCCCGCCCCCCAGUCGACUGACCAACCUGGCGGGCUGAUGUUUCGACUGACUCUCCUGCCACCAACCAUAUCGCCUGCAUGGGCAUAGUCCAUCUCUCCCCCUUGCCUAUUUUCCUUGGAGCACCGCACAGCACUUGUGUCUCGCUCGUGCUAUAGGUGCUGCUUUCUUAUACUAUAGGUAGCGCUUGCGUUCCCUGUUUCUCUUGCAGCACAGUUCUGCGACCACUUCUCGUCCCGUCAUCCGCUCUUUUUUUUCCUGGUUGAGGCUGGCUGGUCUGUCUGCUCCUGUCUAACUUCCAACUUCCAACGUCACCAACCACCGUGUACUGUCCACCGUCCACCGUCCACCGUCCACGAUCCACCGUCCACCUUCCAGCAUCCACCUUUCUGCCCACGCACGGUUUUGGGUUUUUGGCGCCGCAUCGAACUGCUCAAAGCACUCGAGCCCCGGCCACCAGCACCAAGCCCAAAGCACAACAAGUCCGAUUCCAUCCAGGUCCAAGACCAGACCAGGCCAGGCCAGGGCAAGUCUGUGUCUGUCCAAGCCUGUCCAAGGCCUGUCCAUGUUGAGGUCCCAAUCGAAACUAGCACGGAGCCACCCCCCGGAGCCGCCAUCACUUCAUUAAUUAAUUUACAAGCCAAUUGACUUGAACCGGUAAAGCUGGCGUCGAGAACUGGUUUUCCGCCCAGAUCUGUGGUUCGCUGCUGCACCUCAUCGCCCUACUACAUCACUCUGUCCAAAUCCCCAAACCUCCCAAGCUCCAAUCCUGAACUUCCAGACUCCAGACCAGGCCAGACCGAACCACUCAAACCACAUCACAUCACCACAUCACCACAUAACCACACAGCCCACCCCGCCUGCAGCGCGCCGCCCUUGAUCCACUCUGCCACUUGACUGCUCCUGUCUAGCCUAGUCUAGCCCAGCCCGUCUCGCCCGUCUCGCCCAUCCCCAGUUCUGUCACCGAUAUCCCUGGUUGGUUGCUGCUUCUCGUCUCAUCCCCGCCCAUUCGCCCGUCGGCCCUCGACAGCAGCCUUGCGUCACCGUCCAAUCGUCCAAUCUCGCCCUCAUACACCACCACGCUUGACUGACGACGGAAUGGCGGCCACAUUCCUCGCAUGACUACUGCUCCCAUCCUUUCCGGCCUCGCAGGCACCACUAUAUCCUGCCGCCGGCCACCAUGGGGAACACUCCCUCAAAGGAGCCGCAAGGCCGUUCGUUCCACAGGCUCUCUAAACCCAGAGUAGCCAGUCACCAAGGCACUCCUCCUCUGUUGAGUCCCAAUGGCCAGUUGAACACCUCUAACCGCUCCUCGGACCCGGGGCCCGACCUCUUCAGCAUCCCCUACUCGUCCACCGCCACCUCUACGCUGUCCAUCGACCUCGACAGGAACGACCUCGACGACGGCGAGAAACGCAACUCCUUCCUCGCCCCGCCCAAGCCGCAGCGCCGCAGGAGCCUGUUUCGGUCCAAGUCCUCCCAGGAGCCCUCAGAGCGCCGCAGGUCCAGGCGAAACACUGUCGUCGGAUCACCAGUCCCACCAGAAGAACCCCCGGCUGUCUCAAGGGCCAACUCCGUGAACGCGAAUAACCUCGGCGCCGACCAAGACGUACGAGGCUGCCUCGCCAGUCCUGACAUUGGCGCUGCCGGUGGAUCGCGUGCUUCGUGGGCGUACGACUUUUCGUCCUACGAAGCCCAGCGCUUACUGAGCCUCGUGCCCGAGCAGCUGCCUGCUCUUCCUCGGAGCAACACGUUGACUUCGCUUCGCCAGCCAAAUCUCGACGCCAUGAGGAGACCAGCCCGGCGGCGGGACUCGCUGCCCGUCCAGCCAACCAGUUCCCCAAUGAGCCGGUCGAAUUCCGAGGUGUCUCUGCACCCACCUAUGCGCCGACGCUCCAUGGUCCAGACUCCUGGCGUUGCUACACGCAGCGUUCGCCCUGCUCCCGUCAUAACUAGGACUAGUUAUCGGCAUAGUCUCCCGGCCACACCCAACAUGUCGAGACAGGCGUCUUUCGAAGGGCCAGACUAUCGGGUUGUAUCUCUUCCGCCACUGCCACCCAUCCCUACUCCGUUUCGUGUUACCGAAGACAUUCCUCGCGUAGUCACACCUACGGAGGGUGCUUACAGUACGACCGGUGGCUUCAAGUUUGGCACACUUCGUAUUAUAAAUGGCGACCCCGAUCUUACUCCUGACGUACCAGAAUCCUAUCGAGCUCAGGUCGACGGUUCGAAACCCCUCACCGUCUCCAUGGACUACUUCACAAACCCGUCACCCCGCGAGGGGGGAGACACGACGGAUCCGAAGAUGCGCCACACACAGAUUGUAGGGGUUGCAUCAGGAAACGUGGAUAAGAGCGCCGCCCCAGCAAACCCAGAACCUCUGGCACGACAUGAUGCCAAUGCGCCCACUCUCCCCGUUGAUGUCCCGAGCAGCAAAAUUGAGAUCAGCACCCCCUUGGACCUCCUUUCCGACCCAGUUGAACCUCGGUGCAAAGCUGAAGUCAGCCCGGUGUUGGUAACGCAGUCUAAGCACACCGCGGCUGAGGACCAGUUGUUUGAAGCAGAUGACGAGAGCGAGGCUGAAAUGCCUACUGCAGAGGUGCUGGACGUCAGAGUAGACCCCAGUGCGAGACGGUUGCCCUCACAGUGUCAAGAUGCCUCCUCGCAGGGCGGUGUGCAAGCUAUCGAAAGGUCUGACAGCGGUUUCGUGUCCAACGCAGUAUCAGAUUCUUCAAAAUCCCACAGUUCUUUGACCAAGGCCGAUUCUGGAUAUAGCUCGAGUGUCUCCUUACGCUCAUUCCGGAGUGAGCGGAAGCCUCUUACGAACGAGAACGACGCAGCGAGGAGCCCGGUAGGACGAGCGAGGGAAGCGACCACGACUCAAGUGUUAGAAUCACGGCAAGUCAUGGAGCACACGAACUCGGUUGUCAUUGGCGACAAUUCUGAUGAUGAGAGGGCUCCGACACCGCCACCAAAAGAUACCGUUGUGGUCAGGCCGGUGAAAUCAACCGCCGUCGAGAAUGGUCGCGCAGAUUCGAACAGGAAGGGCAAGAAGGCCGCUCGGCAGGAACUGCCGCCUAUCAACGUCAAUCGGGCCGAGGGCCACCACACCAGAAAGUCCGAGUCUAUGCCCCCGACCCCUGCGAGUGCGAAAUCUGAUGCGUCUGAGUCGGCCUCUUCGCUGAGUAUCGGGAGCACUGCGCAAAAGCAUGGGAGACUGCACAGGUUUCUGAGCCUGAGGGGCUCGGCUCACUCGAAGGCGCCGCUGACAGUGCACGUGACGCAUGCGGUGGAUGGGGAAGUCCCAGCAAUCCCCAAGGAUGUCGAGAAGAAGCUGCGUGAACAUACCGGACGCUUUCCGAUGUCUGCAAAGCGCCUUGCCUUGAAGUCGCAGCUAAGCCAAGAAACCCUGAAGACAAUUCUCAGUGUUGGGAGCUUGGAGAUUUCCAAGGAAGAUGAACUACCUCCUACUCCGACCUUCUUCGAUGACAGCGACGAGAGCAUGGAGGAAUACGAUGCAACUGCUUCCCGAGACGGCAGGGAUAAUUCUAUCAGGCAGACCAUAACCUCCAUGCAGUCAAAUUUCAAGCAAGCCGCCGCCUCCAUGAUGCCUCACAAGAAACCGACGGCGGCGAAGGUGAUAUCAGCGUCUAGUGUGCAUUCGCCGACACGUCGACACGCACCUGCGGCCAACACGACGUUUGAAGAGGGUGCGCAAUUCGGCCAAAUCUCGGCGAGCACAAGUCUAGGCAGCCAUCCGUUUAUUGUUGCUGAAGCAGGGCUUGAUCCCAAGUCUGAGCCCAGGAACUGGUCGGGAAGGUCCAUGACUAUGACCUCGACGCAGGAAUCGCGCCAGCCGUUGAGAACAUACAGCUUAAACACUACACGGUCUGACUACUCGUCUCCAUUGUCCUGGCCUCUUUCCCCUACGAACCCGCCCUCAAGGGCAAGCUCGCCGUCAAAGAGGUUGAGAAGCCCGCCCCCAGUGAGCAUGGCCACCCGCACGCUACACCGGCCUGCCCCGCCACCUCCACGCUCGGCUGCUCGCCCACAAUUCCCGGAAGGCCUUGCUGGCCGAGGCUACGAAGCUGGUCGUCUCCCUCAAACCAGCCUGUCAGCUGCGCCUCGAGCCCCAGCCUUGAAUGCUCAGCGCUCUCUAGACAGCGUCCGACGGGCAGGUUCGGUCCCAGGAACACUCCAAUAUCGCACUUCUGACUGGGAUCCCCACACGCGUCAGAAUUCUCUCAGCAUUCGGGAUCCCGCUCUGGACCUCGGCCGCCACAGUUCACUCCCAGCCUAUGACGACGUGUCCCGUUCCCAGGCAUACGCGAACAACGCUGCUGUGAGGCGUCAGUCGAGCAAUGAUGGAUUCAGCCGCAACAGAACGCAGGGCCACCCCUAUGGCCCAGAACACGGUGCCUCCAACGGAUGGUCCAAACCUCCUUCGGUGCAUCGCCGGAAUUUCAGCACGGGAAGCGGGCCGCAACACUCUAUGGGCAACCCGCCUUACCGCAUCUUGCACAGCUACAAUUCACCAGCGUACAGAAACGCACCUAUUUGGGGCUAGUGCGCUCCAUCACGCAACCAGUCGUCAAUCAUUCAUGUUCUUUGAAUUUUUUGCAUCACGAAUUUGCAUAUUUCUGCAUCAAAUCGGCGUUGUACAGCAUAUUUCACCCAGGGCAUGUGUUUCUAGUCCAUGCUUCCGGCCUCUGGACUGUCUGUCUUUUGAUCGUGCCUAGUCGUCACGCGUGUCAGUAGUCACAACGGCUCGCACAUGGUCGGUGAGGGCAUGGCGGAGCAUGCACAUUCCUUUUGGUCUCCCAUGGCCGAAUCAAAUUUUCUUUGUCACUUUUCAUUUGAUGUCUUGAACGAGAAGCCUGUUGAUCUUGAACGGAGUUUCACGGAUGAAGGGGGCAGUUAUAGCGGCCGCAGAUGACGGCGAGGUCUGCGGACUUUGUUACGCUCAAGGUGCCAUUGUGAAAUUCCUACCCGGGGAACGGACAUUAUUGCUUAUUUCGGGUCCAUCGCCGACCUUUCUAUGAAGGCCAAUUUUUGCGAUCUUGCCUGCUUUUGUUUGCUGGAGAUAACAUACAGACAUUAUACCCCGACGUGUUAGUCAACAUUUUAUGUUUUGGUCUGAGGGGGGGGGGGGUUUCAUGACGCAGUUUCGGUCGGACAACCUAGCAACACGGACGUAAGGUGUACAAGGAAAUACGGCAUGACCUUGAGCAGCUUGAUAGCAUGAAUGUGAUAACUUGUUAUAUAUUGAAA